GACUCUGAAACAGUAAAAGAGACAUGGCUAGAGAUGGCGAGGGACGCAGCCAGACACCAACCACGGCUGCUGCGGGGGCAAUUUUAAAGGAACCGGGGGCCUUAUAAUUAUAAAGAGGAAAGGGGAGAGGAAGGAAACAGGGGGUGGAGGGAUAGUGUUUCCAAAGCAGCUCAAACAUUUUUAAAUUAAUUUUUAAGAAAGAAAGCAAAGAACGAGAAAGGGAGGUGGGGGCGAGAGAGAAGGAGAGAGAGACAAACAGCGAAACAACCCGCAUCCACCAGAUGUGAAGACUUCCUACACCGUUCCCACUGCCCGGCCAGAUAGAUGUUUUGUCCGCCGGGUCGCACGAAUCACAAUGAACGCGCAGCUGACGAUGGAGGCGAUUGGCGAUCUUCACGGGGUGAGCCAUGAGCCGGUGCCCGCCACAGCCGACCUGAUGAGCAGCAGCCCCCACCACCGCAGCACCGUAGCCCAUCGCAGCAGCCACUUGCCCGCUCACCCCCGCUCUAUGGGCAUGGCGUCCAUCCUGGACAGCGGCGGGGACUACCACCACCACCACCGACCCCCCGAACACGCCCUGGCGGGGCCCCUGCACCCCACCAUGACCAUGGCGUGCGAGACCCCUCCAGGUAUGAGCAUGACCAGCACUUAUACCACGUUAACCCCUUUGCAGCCUCUACCUCCCAUCUCGACCGUCUCGGACAAGUUCCCACACCAUCAUCACCACCACCACCACCACCACCAUCCUCACCACCACCAGCGGAUAGCCGGCAAUGUGAGCGGUAGCUUCACUCUCAUGCGGGACGAGCGGGGACUAGCGUCCAUGAAUAACCUCUACACCCCCUACCACAAGGACGUACCCGGCAUGGGCCAGAGCCUUUCGCCCCUCUCCGGUUCUGGCUUGGGGAGCAUCCACAACUCCCAACAAGGACUGCCCCAUUAUGCCCACCCAAGCGCCACCAUGCCCGCUGAAAAGAUGCUCACCCCCAACGGCUUCGAAGCCCACCAUCCCGCCAUGCUAGCCCGGCACGGGGAACAGCACCUCACUCCCACCUCCGCAGGCAUGGUACCCAUCAACGGCCUCCCGCACCACCCCCAUGCCCACUUAAAUGCCCAGGGUCACGGGCAGAUCCUGGGCACCGCCCGGGAGCCAAACCCCUCGGUGACCGGUUCCCAGGUCAGUAAUGGAAGUAAUUCAGGGCAAAUGGAAGAAAUCAAUACCAAAGAAGUGGCGCAGCGGAUCACCACCGAGCUCAAGCGGUACAGCAUCCCUCAGGCCAUCUUCGCUCAAAGGGUGCUGUGCCGCUCGCAAGGGACCCUCUCAGACCUGCUGCGCAACCCCAAACCCUGGAGCAAACUGAAAUCCGGCCGGGAGACCUUCCGGAGAAUGUGGAAGUGGUUACAGGAGCCGGAAUUCCAGCGAAUGUCAGCGCUCCGGUUAGCAGCAUGCAAAAGGAAAGAGCAAGAACAUGGGAAGGACAGAGGGAAUACACCCAAAAAGCCUAGGUUGGUCUUCACAGAUGUCCAGCGUCGAACUCUACAUGCAAUAUUCAAAGAAAAUAAGCGUCCAUCCAAAGAAUUGCAAAUCACCAUUUCCCAGCAGCUCGGGUUGGAGCUGAGCACCGUCAGCAACUUUUUCAUGAAUGCAAGGAGGAGGAGUCUGGAUAAGUGGCAAGACGAGGGCAGCACCAAUUCAAGCAAUUCAUCUUCUUCAUCAAGCACUUGUACCAAAGCAUGAAGAAAUAACCACAAACUAAAACCUCGGUGGAAAAGCUUUAAAUAAAAAUUUAAGAAAAAAAAAAGACCAGGACUUCAAGAUAGCAGGUUUAUACUUAGAAUUAUUUGAAAAAAAAAGUUAUUUAUAGUCCAAAGAAACCAAAGACUGAACUCACCUGCAUCCUGACUUUGUUCUGAGACACACACUUCAGCAGGGUGAUGACUUGGCAAAGGAAAUUAUAAGCAAGAGAACUGCUGGGUCUUACACCGUCCAUCCAUGAUCAUUCUCACUGUGCUUGGCUGUUUAGUGGUUUGAAGCAUAGUGAUUUUUAGCCAUUGAAUGGACAUCUUUUCAGAUCUGACUCCUUCAUCUCUUCUACCACACCAUGAAGGUGUAUGGUGUCUCAGUACUGUGCGCGCACACACCCACCCACACAUACCCACCACCAAUGGUUAGGGACUUAGGCAGGGCUGGUCUUCAGGAAGGGUUGUGCCAUGGAGUACAGCCAACAUGGUGUGGAGUUGUCUGAGUUCAUUUGAACAGAAGUGGGAUUUCGCUCUUCAAUUGUUUGAACCUGCCAGGUCUAUAACCUAAAUGCAGAUUCAAACCCAGCAAAGAAAAUUUGAAUGACUCCUAAACCAGUGCAUUCUCUUUGUUUGUUAAGGAAUGUUCAGAUAUUUUUUAAAAAAAUGAAACAAGAUUCCAUCCAUUAAAAAAAAUCACCUAGGUACCAAAGAACACAUUUAAUAUUAUAGUGCAGGUAUUUUAUUGCAAUGAUUUUAAUAUUCCAAAGCUAUUUUUACACAAAAUACUAUGUAAAGUUAUACGUAUGAACUGACCUAACUGUAUAAUACAGUACACAUAUAACCAUGACUGUUAUUUAGGAUUCUUGAAGCAUUUGAAACAUUAGUUUUCUGAACUGGCAAGAAAGAAUGUAGCUUCAGGGAAGCAACUAAUAUCCCAUCACAAAGGUUGAUGCCAUGAGUGUGUCCUUCCAUUCAGUUGACACAAGCUCAUUCAAGUUCCAUAACCACCACUUGACUGGAACCCUAGACACAGCCCAACAAUCCAUUAAUAGUUGAGAAAAAUCUAAUUUUGUUUCUUCUAAAUUGUUGACCUACUAGUCAUUCAGAACCUACCUCUAACACCAUGAAAUUGUAAAAGUGGCAUCAGUAAAAUCCUUUUUUUGGUAGAUACCAACAUAAUCAAAUUAGAUUUUGCAAAUCCUGGGGAUUUGACCUAUUAUUUUGAAUCAUCAGAUACCAAAAGGCUUUUAAAACCAAGCAACAAAAAAUAACCUAUCCAACAUUUCUAGCCACUUAAAUAAGCAAAUCAAGGUGAUUUCAUAGCCAGCUCAAUCCUUGGUGAGAUUUGGGUGUCAAGAGACAAUGGAUGAUUCAACCCUGAAUUGGGAGGAUUGUUGGUAGUACAUAGAAAAAGGCCAAAAAGAAGAGCAGACUUUCCAUUUUGCAGUUCUUAUAGUCUUUUCAUCACUAAGCACAACCUCCAUGGUGUACUACAUUCUUUCUUGCUACUAUAUCAAGCUGGAUAUUGCAUGCCAUAGAUUCCACUUUAUUUUAAAGGGGCCAGAUAAAAAGAGCACUCAACUUGACCUUCUAAACACAAGACAACAUUUUUCCAUUUUGCUCACAGAGCCGGGGCAAUAUACGAGCAUGAGUUUUUUUUCGAUUGCUAGGAAUAAUAGAAGAGACAACAAAAUCAGAUAAUGAUGAUGCACUGGCGGUAGACUAGUGAAGCAUUUCCUCUCCUUUAAAGAACUAUGGAGAUUCAGGUAGAAAAUUCCCUCAGUUCAAACCACAACUGCAGGUUUACCAUUUGCAUCAUUAGGUUAUAAAUUGGCUAUCCCUAAUUACCUUACCUGUUUGAAAAUAUAAAGCUAAGCAUUGUUCCAAUAACAAGUAGCUCAUUCAAAUCUCAUAAAAAUGCUAAAGAUAAAAAUUAAACCAUUACAACAUACUACCUAGCUCCUUAGGGCCAAAUUUGAGCAAUUUCUCUAAUUAUCUGACAGAAAUCUAAAAAAGGUAAAACUCAACCACAAUAUGUUAAUUCCAUCCCUCUUCCUGAGAUCAGUGUUAAAUGGGGAAAAGAAACUAACACUCCUGUAUGAAAUCUCCAGUGCUGUUGCCUCGAGCAAUUUUUAUUUUAGGAUUUUCCAUUUUAUCCUGAAUUCCAGCUUUCUUUAAAAAAAAAAAGGCACAAUUACAGUCCAAUUAUUUAAACAAACUUCUAAAAUUACAUACCUUCAAGUUUCCUAGAAAUUCAGUAUUGUCAAUUCAGCAUGACUCAAAGGAAAAAAUCAAUUAAUGUUGCUUUCUCCGGAAGGAAAAGAAAACCUGCAAUAUAACUUAUUUAUCUUGUUGAGAGGGGGAAGCCUUACUCAUUCCAAACAUGAGAAUAUAAAAUUCAGGGAACUUCAAGCUAUGUCUGCACACACAUAGAUAAUUUUACUUAAUUCCAGUAAUUUUUUUAAGCCCACCCAAAAAAACUGGUUGAAUUCAAGCAGCCAGGUUUUAUUUUUUUAUUGUCAUUGCUGUUGCUAUUACAUGAGUCACAAAUGACCAUUUUGAAUAUUUAUAUAUUUUUUUUUUACUUUUCAACCAGUUUUUUUGGAUAUAGACACAGCCUCCAGAUAUGUCACCACUUUUUUUUAAGUACUUCCCCUCAUAAUAUCUUUUGAAAAAUAAUCAAUUAACCUAUUUGCUGAAACCAAAGAGAAUUUUCAUACCAGCAUUGAAUUUGCACCCAAUAUGCAAUUUCAGGACCUAGAGAUAUAUUUUCACAUAAACAGAUGCACAAACUACAGCCUGAAAAAUAAUUUUUUACUUACCUGUUAUGCAUACUUAAGACCUUUAAUUUUGAGAAGUCAUAAUGGACAAGCCCCACCUCUUCACAAGCAAUAUGCUAAUCACCUCAUAGUCACAGGCUUCAUCUUCCUUACCUUCUAAAUAUCACAUUGAAAAGGGAAUGUCACCUUUUCUGCUUAGUGAAGCAUUAUUUUAUGUCUCAGGAUAUUAACCUAAAAUGUUAAUCAAAGCGAACAACAUGACAUUAGUUCACUCAAGUUCUGAUCAUUUCUUACCCUAAGUAAAAUUCAACUAAAAAACAAAUCUUAAUAUUUUUUUCUGUUGGUUCCAACACAGUACUCCAAAUAAUCUUUAACAUUUCUUUCUUUUUUUUUUUUUGGUGGAAUUAAAGUUAGUCUGAUUUCAUCCAUCAACCAUCCAGGUCCUAUCACCACAGGAAAUACUUCCUGAAAGGGGCUAAGCAGGAGGGUGGGAGAAAUGAUGGUAUGGGGAAGGAAGCGUGUACCAAAGAAUAGGAGGCAAAGAGUUCAGGUGAAAUAAUUCUGGAUGUCAGGGAUUCAAUCUCAGAAUGCAGCUGGAAUAGACCCUAAAGACCAAAGAAAGGGUGUGGUGGAAUCCAGAAAUUCUAACUGACCCAUGUCAUUCAUUGCACCCAACCAAGAACACCGUGAUUCCUUUGCCAGAAAAAAAAAAGCACUGUGUUACUUUGGGACUCUACCCACUUCCGAUGCUAUCCCAGGUGAAUGACUUGUCUUCACAGGUUAAAUGCAAACCGUACUAUACCAAAGAGUUCUACGACACUUCUCACAUGAAUUGUAAAGGCAUUUUUCCCUGGAAAGGUCCUCCCUUUGUACAUAAAGGAUGAAAACUAUGCAUUUAGCAAACAAAGAGAAAGCACUUCUCCCUUUUCUAUCAAGCCAAGUUUAGGGUGCAUUCAAAGGCCAGAGGCUGCUUUGAGAUUUGUUGGGCCUUCUGGGUUAUUAUUGUGGUGUGGUUAGCUUUAUAGUACAUCUGGUAACUAUUUCCUAAAUAUGAAGGACAAAGAAGCAAAAGGUAAGAAAUAGCUACUUCCACAAAUGUAAAAAAUAAAUGUGUAAAAAUCUACUAUUUAUAGUGUGAACCAAAGACGCUACCUCACUCGAUUUCCAUUGGUGAUUUUAAUCACGUUGAUGAUACCAAAGAAUACCAAAGAUUUUUUCAUGCACGGCCUUGGUCUGCAAAGGGGACUCAGCCCCUUUUCCUUCCCCCACCUCUUUUCCCCUUUCUCAAUCUUCACUCAGUGUAUAAACUUGUCUUCAUUAUUGAUAAUAAUAAUGGUUAAUAAUAAUAAUAAUGACAUUAGGAAAUACUACUCUUACUACUGCUAAUACUACUUAAUAAAUCUUUAGGCAAACAUGUUGCAAACUUUGUAAACUCAUAGGACGAGUGCCUUGCUUGAACCAAAGUGUUAAACCGCUGUUGACCUCUCUCACCUUAUACUCUUUGAAUACCUCAGCCUCUUAGAAAGGCCACUAAUGGAAAAAAAAAAAAAGGAAUAAUUAUUCACCGUGGUGCUUUUUCCGUGCAACCAUGCAAUGAAACUUUCUUUGAUACCAAAGGAAAACUUUUUUUUUCCACUUUCUUGCUGAUGAACCAAAGCUCCUUCUCCUCUCUCCCCCUCCCAUCACAGUUUGAGUCCCUCCACCAGGCAGGCCGUGCAUCACUUUUACCAAUUCCUCCAAAUACCUCAUAGUAAUGAAGCUUUAGGGUUAUGUUGUAUAGAGAGUCUAUGUGAUAAGGCAAAACUUACUAGUUUGAUAAUUGUUAAGAUUACUUACAAAAUCUUUAUAAUUCUUAUUUAUUUUGUAGUAUGUAUCACUGAGGAUUUGUUCCCUUCAGUUUGGGGUUGGUUGGGUUUUGUUUUGUUUUGCUUUUUGGUUGGCAGAACUGCCCUAGGAUGCUCAAGGAAGACUUUUAAUUUCUGGAAAUGUUCCCCAGGUGGGUUAAAGAUUAUGUAAAAAUGCAAGAAAGGAACAAAAAAAAUGACUUUCAUUUCAAUAGUUACUUAAGAAAUUUUGUGUUUGGUAGUUGAUUUUUUCACAGGGUAAAAAAAAUUAUCUUUUUUGUGACACUGGGUUCUUCCUGUUUUUUCCUCUAUAAUGUGCUGUGAUUUUUUAAUUUAAUUACAUUUUGUAUAAGCUUAUUUAAUCACUGCUUUAAUUUAUGACUAUGUAGUUUUUAAAAAAUGUAUAUAGUAGAUUUGAAAUGGCCAAAGCUUUAUGUUACAAUCUUUUUUGUUCUUUAUGCUAAGAUAAGCUGAAGGAGAGAGCUUCUCUUAACUGCAGGGUGUAUCUUUAGCUUUCUCUUAGCAGGCACUUCAGUGUGUGUUGUAAACACUGCCAGGUUUCCCCCCUUCCCCCUUCAAAAACUUGUACAUGCCAAAAUGAGUGUUUCAAGAUCGUCCUUUUCGUCACUUAGAAAGAAGAAAAGCAUUAUUCGUGUGUUUUUUCUUUAUUUAUUUGUCUUUUUUAAGAAAAGAUUACUUUGCAGGUAAGACCUGCAGUUCCAAAGAAUUUAAAACUUGUUUGAUGUUUAAAAGCACCGGCAUUUGUGAGAUACUUUGCUGACUUUUUAAAAAAUUUACCAUUCGCACGGGUAUGGGAAAGGAAAGAGUUGUAAAAACUCUAGAAACAAGCUAACUUGAAUUUGGAAAUAUUUCUGAGUUUAACCAAGCUUCUGAAGGGCUUCAAAGGCUGGAGGGAACAUUUCCACUGCUAGAUCUAUACGUAUAAUGUCCUGGCUCAGGGCCUCCAAAGAGAAAGUCACUGCUAAGGACAGAUGACUGAGCCAAUGCUAUUUCUGAGGCAACACUUGUGAGAAAACAGGAGACUCUCAGAGCACGAUUUCUCAGUCCCAACUACAAAUUUUAUUUUUAAAAAAGGAAAAAAAAUUUUCCAUACCUGUUCCUGUCUAGCCUAUCACCCUUAAUCUUCCAAACAUCCUCUCCCCUCCCCUCCACCCCACACAACCCCCACCACCACCACCCCACCUCCCCAUCUGCCAAAUUGGAAUAGUUUCAGAGGCCCUGGAUAGAAGGAAUAAUGGCUUCCCAAAAAUAAGUUUGUCCUUCCCCGUACUUCGUCCUCCUGCCAUUUUAUUUUUCUAAACUAGAAGCGACAAACUGCAACCGGGCCCCAUUGAUGUUUUUCAGAUGCUUGCCACUGUUUUGGGCCACACCAGCCCAAUAAAUACAGAUAUACACACACAGUAUGUUCACAUGUGCAUACAGUGUAGGUAUAUAUACAUAUGUAUGUAUGUAUAUUACACACAUACACACACAUACACAUGAAGAAUUCUACAAACCUGACAAGUGGCAUCGUCAGGGGAGAUGAUGCCCACUAUUUUGCUUGAGCGAUAAUUUCUGUUUGAAAUGAAUGUCAUCAAUCCAUAUGAUUUAUUACCAAUGUAAAUAUUUUCUUUCCAGGCGCAAUAGUUAAGUUCAAGGUGUACCUUAUUUUCAUUUUCAGGGACAUAAUAUGGGGGGUUUAGGGUGGGAAAGGAAAGGGAGGGCUUAAACUUUGGGUCAAAUGUUACAUUUUCUUAGGUAUAUUUUAUACUUGUCAAGUAUUUAAAAUAGGGCAAUAAAGCUGCUCUGAAAUGCAGGAUCAUUCAAUGGUCUAUCAUUGGUAAGCAUUGACUAAUUAUCUGCUUUUAAAUACAUACUGUAACGCUGUGCAGUGACUUAUGUAUAACAGAAAGAAAAUCCAGGAAAAAGGAAAAGCAGUAGUUAUUACCUAGUCUUUUACCAUCAGCAAUGAAACACUGAACAGAACUGUAUCCCUUAAGAGUUGUUUUCUGUUUCUCCUUUAGCCUUUUGAAUUUUUGUGGUAUGUUCUGCAUUUAUUGCAUCAUCAUUGUGGGAUCAUUUUAGUUUUGCAUUCGAAACAAAACAACAGUAUUAAAAAAAUAAACUUUCAAAAAUUGUCUUUUA